AACUGUUAUCGCACACACACAAGGAUUACUAACAUUUAUCAUUUUCAAUUCAAAGCAUGUCGGCAAAACGAAAAUCGCCACCAAGCAAGUACGAUGGCGAAUCCAGCAACUCUGAAGGCCUAAUAGAUAAUGUUAAUCGACAAUACUAUAUCCAGUCAAACUCCAACGAGAUUGGUAAUAACAAUAAUAACAAAGACGGUAAUUUAUUCAGACCGGAAAGUGAAUCUAUUUGCGGAAUCGGGCAUGUGAGUGAUUGUGGAGAAGUGGCGCAAUGUGCAAUGGAAAUAGACUCGAAAGCAGUCCGAGAGAGGGGAUCAGAAAGCCUAAUGAGUUUGAUUAUCGAAUCAACAAGCGAUGGUGACCAUGCAAUUUUGGAUACCAACCAAAUGAGUAUUAGUCCAAAAAUCAACUCCAUCAAUAGUGAAAUUGAGUCAGAAAGCGAAUGCUUUAAUGAAGAUUAUGAUAAACAACAGGAUAAGGCAGACGCAAAAAAUGUUAAGAAGCGAUCUAACGAAAUAUCAAAAACAACACGACUACCCAAUGGUACUACAAAGAUAAUGGUUGCCAAAAUGUAUGUGGAUGGACAACAUUCAGACUUAUCAUGUGACACUCAUCUAAAAAACGAGUACAACAAUUCAAUGAAUAUAGAAGUAUAUCCUGAAUCAAAAGUGUACAUGCCAAGUUUAUAUGAGGAAACCCAGUCCAUAGAUAAGGAACCAAUUAAAAAACUUGAUUAUAUUAAUAAUGUACAACUUGAAAACUCAGACCUUAGCCAUAAUAUGUUUAUUGGUGAACAAUUUGUACCAGUAAAUGAUAAUUUUGGCUUCUCUGCACCAGCUGAAAGCUUCACAGUGAUGAAAUCAACAAGAGAUUUAUCCGCCAUGGAAAGUGAAAUGCAGGAACAUAGGUCGCACGGUAGGGACCGAAGCGUAUCGGAUAUGAUACGACAUCUACAGUUUAUACGAAAUCGGUUGAUUACCCAGGCACAAUUUGGCAGUAUGACUGACAUUGAAUCAAAUAUCCAACAGCAACAACAGCAGCAGCAACAGAUACAGACCGCUCAACUUAUUCAUCAGGACAGCUACUUGCAGGAGUUACAUCAGCAAUUUAGUGCCCAAUUCAAAACAGGACGAUUUUCGACAUUUAGUCAACAACAGCAGCAUCAGCAUCAACAACAGACGGCUGCGGCAGCAGCAGCUGCAGCGGCGGCAGUUGCGGUGCCCAGUAAUCUAGUUCAAUUUCUGCCAUUUCUACGUCCUCCGGUGCCGACAGCGCAUAUAAUGUCAGGACAUGUAACUCACCAGCCCAAUUUUACUCACGGUCACAAUCUCCAUGGGCACGCACAAGCACCUACACAUGCCCAGUCUCUCGCACAUGGACACAAUCAUAACCUGUCUAUGCGACCUAUGUGGCCAAAUGCAGCGGUGGCAGCAGCUCACAUUCAAGCCGCGCUGGCGGCUGCAGCGGUUGCCGCCUCUAACAACAACAGUCACAAUAAUAACAAAAAUUGCGCUAAUGAAAAUAAUAAUAAUAUCAAUAGCAGCAGCAAUAAUAACAAGAACGAUAAUAAAUUAUUUUCGCCUAAUAAUGUUAAGCCAAUUGAAGAUUCAGAAGCACUGGAUAGUGGUAGUGGCAUCGAGUGUGGAGGUUCGUUGUCAAGACCUGGUACGCCUGGCUCACACGAUAGCAAUGUUGUUCCCAUGUUAACGUACAGUCAACAUACACCACCCGAUUCACCUCAGGGUGGAGCUAGAACCGGAGUUAGACUAGGGUUAAGCCAAAACACACACAUUGAGGAGCGACUUACAUUAAUCUCAAACAAUUAUCCUUCAUCACCGGCUGAUAACUACCGUACAACUUUCAAGUCUGACAUUCAAAGCACUGAAGCAGAUGUACCAUUAAAUCUUUCCAAGCACAAGGGUGCGUCGCCCUGCUCAUCAUCUCCGAAUAGCUGCAACCUCAAGGUCGAUCUGCCAGAGCGCCUGACACCAAUUGUGCCUAGUCCACCUCUAAAUUGGCAACAUAUUGGGCAAUCAGCUGCAGUAAUUUCGCACCAGCAUGGAUCUUCACCAAUGUUUAGCGAAGUUGAGGCUAAUUUUCUACAAUCUCGCGGACGAAUAUGGAAUACGACCAGUGGCGGUGCAGGGAUUGGUGCUAAGCUCAGCAAUAGCAAUCGUGCGGAGCGAACGAGUCGCGAUUCCAUAAACAGUUGUGGUACUAGUUCAGAGCGCUCCACUGCUAUUGACACCGAUUGCCAAGGUCCCGCACAACUAGCUCCAGCGUCAUUGCCACAAAGGCAUGGGCAUGGACAUAGUAAGCCUCACAUAAAAAGGCCAAUGAACGCAUUUAUGGUGUGGGCCAAGGAUGAACGUCGGAAAAUUUUAAAAGCGUGCCCGGAUAUGCACAAUUCAAAUAUAUCAAAAAUUUUGGGAGCUCGGUGGAAGGCGAUGUCAAACGCGGAUAAACAGCCAUACUAUGAGGAGCAGUCGCGUCUAUCAAAGCUACAUAUGGAACAACAUCCGGACUACCGUUAUCGUCCACGCCCAAAACGCACAUGUAUUGUUGAUGGGAAGAAAAUGCGUAUUUCAGAGUACAAAAUCUUGAUGCGAAAUCGACGAGCUGAAAUGCGUCAACUGUGGUGUCGUGGCGGGAAUCCGGGCUCGGCUAGCACUUCAGUUGAUUUCUCGCCUGGUCAUGGACAAGAGGGUCUGGCACAAGCGCAAGACGAACAAGAUUUUUCAGGGCCAAGCUCAAGCUCCGGUGCUGGGGUGGGAAUCGGAAGUGGGUACUACUACCCGGCUGAAAGCUUAUCACCAUCGGGCUUCUCAUCUGAAGAAAUGGAUAUAUCAGCUAUGCGUGAUAUUGACGACUAAAUCGAUCACCGAUCACGUUUCAAACCGCUUGGAAUAAUCCAGUUCAGCAGAUAUUGAAAGUGCCAUAGGAAUCAUCUGCACCGUCAUUCCGUAUAUGUACAUACAUAUUUAUAAAAGCACAGAAGCACGCGGCCUCACUCAAAUAACGCAUGCAUUUAUACACACAUACAUAUAUAUUUGGAGAUAUCACAGAAGAGCAUACAAAAUUUACAGAUACAUAUUCACCGUCAGAUAUUUUAAUGAUUACAUAUUUCAAUAAGAAACAAUAUUAUCUUUGCUUGUAUAUAUAAUAUUUUAAGGUACUGUUAAAUCCAUGUAUAGUCAUUAAGUUUGAGUUCAAGUGCCAUUAUACACAAACAUACACACCACACACACACACACACACACACACACACACACGUAAACAUAUGUACAUCUCAUAAUUUGAAAGUGUUUCGUAGUCGCAGAGAAUAUAGUUCCAGGGUGAAUUCAAGCUCAAACGUUUGUGCCAUUCAUUUAUACGCAUAAAUGCCAAUAGUGAAUUACACAUUACCGAAGGAUAGUUAGAAUUGUUUAGUUGGUAUAUAGAUUUGGUAUAAUGACAUACUUUAAAUAAUAAAUUAUGUGCAUGUGUGUUAAUACAAAUACUCAAAUACAUGCAUACAUACUAAUAUACAAUGUAAUGUCGUUUCACAAGCGAUGAUAUUUCACUUAAUAAAUUUAUAUAUUUAAUCAACUAUACAAACAUUUUGUACAUACAUAUGUAUGUAUGUAUGUGCCGUAUGUACUUUAUGCCAUACUACUGUAGUACUGCUGUAGACAUCAAAUCGUAAAACAUACUUUUUACUAAAUCAUCGAUUUGUACCCUUCCAUACCCUAAAUAGUCCAAACGGACAACAGUUCCAAAACCAACAACAACAAGAGACAUGACAGACAAGCAGUUUUAAAAACAAGAUGCAUGGUUUCGAAUACUUUUAUCAGAAUCAAAAUUUAGAAUACAGCUGAAGGUUUUUUUUAAGUUAAGGGAUUGCCAAACUUUCUGAAUAAAAGUUACAUAAAUUUCGUUCUUAAAUGUUAAUAUAAAAACUGAAAAGUAUUUUGAUUUCUGAGGACACACAUUAAAUUUGUGUUCAAUAGUAAAAGAAGAAUAUACAUAUAACUGACUCCUGUAUAAUAGUUACAUACAAAUGUAU